CACAAAAAUGCCCUCGAACGAAGUGGAGCCUGAAGGGCCUAGGAGGUCUACACGACCUCGAACAGCAUCUCAGAAAGCAUCUUAUGCUUCUGUUUCAACCUCAAGCGCUCUACCGGCACAAAAGAAGCCAGCGGCAAAACCCGCCAAAACAACAACAAUAACAACAACAACAACAACGACGCCAAAAGAAACCGUCACUGAGUCCGUCCAGGCAUCGCAAGAUGUGACUCCCGCACUUCUAUCGGCGGCACGGGAGGAGGUUGUCGCUCUGGAAGCAAAAUUCGAGGCUAUCGUGCGAGAGCACAACCUCAAAAUUGCUGCGUUGCUCGCAUCUAUUUCAAGGAUGGAAACGGCGAUCUGCCCGAAAAACAACACUGGUGCUGGCCCUCCAGUGGUUUCAACACCUGUCACAAAUGUGUUGAUCGCAGCCACACCCCCUUCAAGCCCACUGCCCGCGGUUUGUGUCUUGGAGUCUGUGAACUCUGGCAGAACUCCGUCCGGUAGUGGCCAAGACUGGGUGGAGAGCCCAACACCUGUGGCUCCAUGGAAAGUCGUCCCAAGUCGACGACGAGACAUUCGGGCAUCAGCUCGGCAGCUGGGCCGUGACAACUGGCUCGUGCUACUUAAUGGGCCUCAACCCAAAUGCCCGAAUUACGCGGCGGACCUGCUCAUGCGCCAGCUGAACAUGGAGACGCAGCUUAAAGGCGCGGCCUGGGCUGGCCAAUUUGGAGGCGUGCUCUGUCUCAUGCCAGAAACGACAGGCGAUCGGGACAUGAUUAUGGCCUCAUUCGCUCGCUCCAAACGUCUGGGUGCUACGACUAAAGCAGAUUUACGCAAGUAUAAAAGUCUGUCUGAAUUGUGGAAGGAGCGACAAGCCACUCGUGCAUCACGAGGCCUGCAGUCAGAUGUUAUUCCACCUGCUCCGGAGCCUGCAACGCCUGUGAGCACGCCCAACUCGGUCGAGGAACCGACGUCACGCUCAACAGAAGCUAACCCAGACUUGGUCUCAGAGACUCAGUCCCCCUCGCCACCCAGUCCUCUGGAUGACGUUCGGCGAUCUGAACUCUGAAGCCUCGCCCCGGU